AUGUCUGACCCUGGCUCCGGGCCACCGCCGCCCGCCUGGGAACCCAUCCAGGAGGCGGUCGCCUCGCCUCCCGGGCCACCGCCAGGCUGGCCCCCGCGGCCCCCUGGGCGCUACUGCGGGUGGUGCUCGGGGCGGCUGGGGCCCAGCGAGUCGUUGGCCCUGGCCUUGAACGGCCAGCUCUGGGAGGUGUGCGAGCUGUGCUACCUCCUGGCGCUGGCGCGGCAGCGCGCCUGGCGGGCCCGGCUGGCGCCGGGCGAGCGCGCGGUGCUGCUGGAGCAGGCGCGCCACCUGGCGGUCCUCCUGGCGGCGCUGGCUGGCCUGGCGGACGAGGGCGACGGGCCCGCGGGCGCGGCCGCGGCGGUGGCCAAGGCGCAGCUGCGGCGGGCCGCGGGCGUGGCCACGCCCAAGGGGGCGCGGGAGCCGCGGGAGGCGCGGCUGCUCCCCCUGGCGGCGGAGGUGCUGCGCUGCUGCCUGGUGCCCCCCCGCUGGGGAUCGCGGCUGGAGCGCUGCCAGGCCCGCCUGCCGCCGCGCCUGGAGGCGAUGCGCCUGGGGCGCCGCCCGGCGCCGUGGCUGGGGUCGGCGCGGCCCUGGUGGGGGCCUUGGCCGCGCUUCCCGCUCCAGGAGGGGGGCCGCUGCCUGGCGCGCCGCCGGCGCCUGGGCCCCUCGCGCUGCCGGGGGCGGCUGCUGCUGGCGCUGGAGGCGGCGGCGCGGCGGCCGCUGCAGGGUCGGGGCCAGUCGGCGGAGGCGCCGUGGCGCUGGAGCCACGGGGCCUUCACAGCGGGGGCGGUGCUGGAGACGCCCGCGCACGACCCGACGGGCCAGGUGGACGGCGCGGCGCUCUUCGAGGUCGUGGAGGCGGGCGUGCCGGGCCCAGACGGGGUCUACCUCUCCGUGAACUUCCGGGGCGCCUCGCUCCCGGCCCGCGCCCUGGAGCUGGACCUGAGCUUCCCCGCCCCAGGCGCCGGGCAGCCAGGGGUCCUGCACCUCUGCGCGGGCGGCGCCGCUGCCUGCAGGGCCCCGCGGCUGGUCGGGCGCGGCGAGCGGCGCGCCGACUGGCUUCGCCUGAGGUCGGCUCGGAGCCUGGUCGAGCCUUGGGUUCGGCCGACCUUCCGACCGCCAGGCGGCGGUGGGCCCGGGGGCGGCGCCGCCGCUGCGCCCGCGCGGGGCCGCCUCGCGGGGGCUGCGGCUGGGUUUGCGGCGGCUGCGGCUGCUCUGGAGGCGGCCGGCUCGGCAGCUCGCCCGCUGGCGGUCCGCCGUCGCCGUCGCGAGCAGUCGCGAAGCGACAGCGUGGAGCGGGCUGGCGGUGACCAGUUGGGUUUUCGCGACGCCCCCUCCCGCGGCGACGCCAUUCAGGCGGUGGCCGACGGGCGCCCAGGCACGCUGUACGACGAAGCGAUUGCCCAGAUCGCGCGUGUCAUGGGCCUGUGGGGGGGGGCGGACGGGCAGAGUGUUCGCCCUCGCAUCAGGGGCUACCUCCAGGCCGUGGUGUUCGGCCACCACCCGAUCCACUCGGUCGGGGAGCGGGCGGUGCGCGAGCUCCAGACGCUGGCGGCAGCGAUGGACCUCCUCGAGGACGGGUCGCUGGCGUCGGUCGCGGACGCGCUGAUGCAGCGGUUCAAGGCGCCGGAGAUGGCGCUGAACGACGGCGACUGGUACAUCGCCAACGAGCUGGAGGUGGUCGAGGGGACCCGCCCGACGCUCGCCUCCCGCGACGAGCAGGAGGCGGCCCGCGGGGACAGCCCCCACCCUGGCGCUGCGGCGGCGCUGGGCCGCGUGGCGCUGCUGGGCGCUCCCGAAGUCCGCGUCUUCCGUCAGGGCCAGCCAGCAGCGCAGGUGGCAGGAGAAGGCUGGGGCGGCUUCGAAGCUUCGGACUUCACCGUGGAGGAGGAGAUUGACCCAGGCGACCUGGCCUCGCUGCAGGCUCGCUUGAGGGUGAUCGUGAUGGCUAUGAAUUGGGAGGCUGGCUACCGUCACCUGAAGUGGGCGGACGUCUGCGGGCUGGAGCCGAACGCAGCCCAGCGCUCGGCCCUCCUCGGGAUUGCGCGGCGCAUCUAUUCGAGCGUUGCGCCCGAGCCCGCCAUGGCCGAGACCCUCGACUGGUCCGAGAAGCUGAAGGACCGGGCCAUCGCGUACGACGGCUCGGAGGUCUCCACGCCGAGCAAGAUCGCGCUGGAGCAGAUCGAGGGCGGCCUGCCGCCUGUGGGGGUAGCCGCCCCCAUCGAGGCCGCGGACCUCGCCACGGGCUUCGUGCGGGCGGCGCUGCUGGACCCCUCCCUGGUCCUCCUGCCGCCGGCUCAGAGGCGCCCUGCGCCGACCUCGACGCGCGUCUGGGCGACGGCGCAGGAGUGGGGGCAGGUGGUGAGUGCCCUGUUUGCACGCGGGAUGGUUGGCCCGAUCGACGAGGACGAGAUCGCGACCAGAGACGGGGUCCCCUUGAUCAACGGGGCCUUCGGCGUGGCGAAGGUGCACGACGCGCCAGUCCGCUGCGGCGAUGGCGAGGAGCGGCCCGUCCUUCGGCUCAUCGUCAACCUGAUCCCCGCGAACGCGUGCCAGCGCACCAUCGCGGGGGACACCCCCGUCAUGCCGACGAUGGGGCAGCUGAACGGGCUGGUGCCGGCUCCAGGGGAGCAGCUGCUCUGGAGCGGGGCGGGCCGCAAGGCGUUCUUCUACGUCUUCAGGGCGCCCUCCGCCUGGUGGCCCUACAUGGCGCUGGGGCCGCCAGUGCCGUGGCUGGUGGUGGGCGGCAGCGGCGACGGGCUGACCCGCAUCGCGCUGAGGGUCAUCGGCAUGGGCUGGAUGAGCGCGGUCGGGGUCACGACGCACCUCCACCGCAACAUGCUGGGGCGGUCGGCCCGUGUCCCCCGCGGACUGCCGCCUGCGGCCGAGGUGGUGCGCACCCGCCGCCUGCCUGCGGAGGCCCAGGCAGACGGCAUCGCGAUGUGGUGCAUCUACAUCGACAACCUCGAGAUCGCGGAGAUCGUGUCGAGGGAGGAGGCCGUCAAGCUGAAGGGGACCAUCCCCGAGCUGCUGAGCCGGGCGUCGGCCUGCUACGAGCAGGCUAAGUUUCCGGGAUCGCCGGGGAAGGAUGUCCACCGCGCCCAGCAGGUGUCCACGCUGGGGGACCUCGUGGAUGGCGCGGCUGGCGUGCGGCGGCCGCCGCUGGGCUGCGUCGCGGAGCUCACGAGCCUGACGUUGUGGUUCCUAGCGAAGAAGCGCCCGAGCAGGCGCCUGGCGCAGAUCCUGCUGGGGCGCUGGGUUCGCGUGCAGUGCUACCGGAGGCCGCUCGCCGCCGCCUUCGUGAAUGCUUGGAAGUGGCUGGCGCCGGGCCGCUCGGGCGGGCUCGUCACUGUGGGCGUCGCCGAGGACCUGCUGAUGGCGGCCGCGCUCGCACCGCUCAGCGUGGCGGACAUGCGGCUGACCGUCGACCACCUCGUGACGGCGUCCGACGCCUCGGAGGCCGCGGGGGCGAUCGUCUACUCCCAGGGGCUGUCGGGCAUGGGCCGUGCCCUUGGGGCUAGAGGCCCGCGGGCGCUCAACCCCGCCUGCGAGGAGGGCGUCGCUCUGAUCUCGGUCUUCUCUGGGAUCGACGGGGCGCGCCGGGCCUUCGAGAUCCUGGGCCUGGUCCCCGCCGCGCACCUGUCCUUCGAGGUUGACGCUGAGGCUGUGCGGGUGGCUCGACCAGCGUGCCCCAGCACCGUGCACCUGGGAGACGUCACGGCCGCGGAUCCUGCGAAUCUGGCGCGCCUCCUGCGGGGCCACGGCCGCAUCACGAAGGUGAUCGUGAUCGGGGGCUUCCCGUGCCAGGGCUUCGCGGUGCUGAACGUGGCCCGUGAGGGUAGCGCGGACCCGAGGUCGCAGCUGGUGGGCCACAUGUGGAGGCUCAUCGAGGGGAUGAGGUUCGAGCUGCCCGAGGCCACGGUGGACUUCCUCGGGGAGAACGUGGCGUCCAUGGCGGAGGACGAGGUCCUGGCCUUGAACAAGAUGUUCGGCCGGGUGCCGGUGUCCCUCGACGCCGCGGACCUGGGCUGGGUCCGCCGCCCGCGGCUGUACUGGCUGUCGUGGGACCUGCUGCCCUCCUUCGAGAUGUCGGCCGAGAUGAAGGCGGCGGCGGAUGGUGCCCGGCCGCGGGCCUGCCGAGUGCGCCUGGUGACGGAGCUGCCGCCCGAGGUGGCGCGCUGGACAGCAGCGGGCUACGCAGCCCCGCCCUACCAGUUCCGGGACUGCUUCUGCCUGCACUGGGCGGAUGGGCGCAAGGGGCCGCCGCGGGCAGUGGAGCGUGAGGUGUUGAUGGGGUUCAGGCGGGGCCACGCCGUGCCCUGCAUGGGCAGCUCCGCCGCCGAGAGCGACCCCGAGCGCUUCGAGGCCCUGCGGCGGUCGCUCGUGGGCAACUCCUUCCGGUGCGAAGUCGUGGCCUGGCUGCUGAGCCACUGGGCGGUGCACCGCGCGCUGCUGGUGGCGGUGCCGUCCCUGCGGAGCCUCCACGAGAGCUCGAGGAGCUGGUCGACGGGCCGCAAGCUCUGGGCCGGCGACGCGGAGACGCUGCGGUGUGGGCGCGAGGCCGUGUGCGAGGAGAACCUGCACCUGCUGGAGGAGGCUGGCCGCGUGCCUGCGGCUAGUGAUGGGCAGCUGGCGCGCGCUGUCUACGUCGGCCGCGGGUCGCGCCGCUGGGGGCUCGCCCCCUCCAGGUGGGGGAACCCGUGCCCCGUGGUGCCAGGGCGGCCGGCCGGCGACGCCGUGGCGCUGUUCGCGGGCUGGUUGCGCUCCCAGCCCAAGCUCCUGGACCAGCUGGGAGAGCUGGAGGGAGCUCGGCUGCAAUGCCACUGCCCCUCGGGCCAGGCCUGCCACGCGGACGUCCUGCUGGCGGAGCUGGAGCAGCGCGGCAAGGGAUGCACGCGGCCCUUCCUGGAGCACCGGAGGGUGGUGGCCUCGCUGGUGAUGACGUGCCACCACUCGGGCACUGACCUUCGAGUCCCACGGCGAGAGAUCGAUGCUGGCAUUUGGAAGUGGAAGGUCGCGCGCCAGCUCGCUUGGCAGGACCAAACCAAGCACAUCAAUGUGUUAGAGUGCGAGGCUGCGUUGAUGGCCCUGCGUUGGCGGGCCCGCUCAGUCUUACGGCAGAUGUGCGUCUUCCUCCACCUGCUCGACAGCAUGGUGAAUAUCGGUGAUCUUGCCAAGCGCCGAUCUUCGAGCCAGCAGCUGAACAAGGUAGUGCGCGCCUUUUCCAUCCUUGAGCUGGCGCUCGGAUCGCGGGCUGUCUUUGCCUUCGCGUCAUCGGCAAAGAACCCUGCGGAUGGGUAG